GGCGGUUUCAAUAACCAACUUAAUCUCAAUCGAUGUAACCCCAACCAGAAGGUUGCCGUAAAAAAUGAACGGGUACUACAUUGAUGUGGUCCAGCAUAUUGAACAAUAAGGGAAUUGAUAUUCAUCAACACAUGUGUAACACAAAAUCAGUUAUAGUAUACGAAGUAUUUUCAGUAGAAUGACAUCUGAUCAUGAACGCACUGACACGACACCCAUAAAGGAGGAAACGUCAAGUAGUCCAGUACCUUCUUCCACUCAAACCACGGAUUUUUCAAAUCAUUCUCAUUCCGGGCACAAUCAGACAGGCGAACGACUUUACAUAUGCUUAGUAUGCGGACAAAAAUUUGCCAAUUGCUCUGGCCUUAUCCGACACAAGUCAGUACACACGGGUGAUUACAGGCAUAAAUGUGAUGUGUGCGGUAAAGGAUUCGUGUACAAGUCGCUUUUGAAAGAUCACGAACACAUCCAUACAGGUGAAAAGCUUCAUCCAUGUUCGGUAUGUGGAAAAGAUUUUUCCACUAACUCGAGCCUAAAUAAACAUAUGUCGAGACACACGGGCUUCAGGCAUAAGUGCGACGUGUGCGGCAAGAAAUUCAUGUUCCAAUCACUUUUGAAAUCUCACCAAAAUGUUCAUUCUGGUGAGAGGCCUUAUCAGUGCACGGUAUGUGGGAAAGGUUUUUCCACUAAAGCUUACCUGAAUACUCACAUGCCUGUACACACGGGAGAGUACAUACAUAAGUGUGACGUGUGCGGAAAAGGAUUCAAGACUGAACUGCUUUUGAAAGACCAUGGGCACAUCCAUACAGGGGAACGGCCUUAUCAAUGCACCGUGUGCAACAAGCGAUAUUCUCGAAUGGACUAUUUAACGGUACACAUGCGUCAUCAUGAGAGCAAACCAUCAUAUAAAUGCACUAUAUGUGACAAAAAUUUCAUAUCUAAACCGGGCCUAACUGGACACAUGAGUAGACAUACGGACGAGCAUAAAAAUGAGUGUGAUGUGUGUGGCAGAAUCUUUUUCGACCGUUCGGAUUUGAAGGAGCACGAAUGCACACAUGCAAGUGAGCGUCCUUUCAAAUGCACCGUAUGCGAGAAAGAUUUUCGAGUGAAAACAUGUCUAGCCGAGCAUAUGCGCCUUCAUACUGGCGAACGGCCGUACAAUUGCACUGUAUGCGGAAAAGAUUUUAUCACUAAAUCCAGCCUGUCCCAACACAUGUCUAUUCACGAAAAUCAUUCUAGGUAUCCAUGUGAUGUGUGCGGCAGAGGCUUCCGUGAUCGUUCCAGCUUCAACAAUCACAUGUCUAUUCACACGGGUGAGUAUCGGUAUAAAUGCGAUCACUGUGGCAAAGGUUUUUGUGAACCUUCAGACCUGAAGAAGCAUCAGCGCACUCAUUCAAGUGAGAGAUCAUGCAGAUGCAUCGUAUGUGGCAAAGAUUUGAAAAACGAAGAAACUCUGACUAGACACAUGCGCGUUCACACGGGCAAAUUGUAUAAAUGUACGAUAUGCGGGAAAAAUUUAACUACUAGUUACUGUCUGACGAAACACAUGUCAAUUCACACUGGUGACUAUCAGCAUAAAUGUGAUGUGUGUGGCAAAGGAUUUUUUGAUCAUUAUAACUUAAAGCGACAUGAACGCAUUCAUUCACGUGAAACUCCAUUCAAAUGUUCUAUUUGUGACAAAGAUUUCAAACAAAAGCAAACUCUUGUAAGACACAUGCUCAUUCACACGGGCGAUAGUCGGCUUCAAUGUGACUUGUGAAAAUAUUCCUAGAAUACUGUGGCAAGUUUGGUUUGAGGAUAGGCAAAUUCAUUUAGGAUACAACAGAACAGCAAUUCAAUUUUAUUUCUGAAAAAUUGCCUACGAUGAAUCUUGUACUACGUUUAAGAAGACAUGUAAGAUAUUUUUAGAAUAAAAAUGUACAACUCCGGUAAAAAAAUGUAGAAAAAGUAUGUGUUGUGACGUUCCAAUAUAUCACAAUAAACAAUGUAAUGGAAACCGGAAGAGUUUUAACUUAACCUUAUAGUGAAUACAUCGGUUUACGUGAACUGCAGUUCGGGACAUCGUUUAAAAUCUCGGAAUGUGAAGGAAUGAGAAGAACUUGAUCGUGAAUGUUUUCUGUUCAGAGAUGCCAGGUAAAAAUUUCAAAUAUCUUCAGGCAGGGUUGCAAAAGUCAAUGAAUGUUUACGAAAGUCUGCGAAAAAUUCGAUUUUCAAAAGUCUGCACAACAAAAGAGACAAAUCUGCAGGUCUGGUAUCUCUGCUUCCGUUGUACUCAUGUAACCUAACAAAUAUGGGUAAAAAAUGAUUAUUCACGUGUUGUCAUCAAACAUAUGAUUUAAAAUUGUCCUAUACACUUGAAAAUCUCGGAUGAAAUUUGAAAUUUUCAGUUCAUAUACAGAUUUGAUUUAGACGAUAAAACAUGAGUAAAUGGACGCGUAAAACAACUUUUCAUCAUAAUUUAUCAAUUAAUCUCAAAAUCCAACCAUAACAAGGAAUUUCCCAAAUAUGAAAA